GAUAAAUUCUAGUUUCAUUGUAAACCAGAUACAAACGCUCCACUGUAAUUCAGAGAGCCAAGACGUCAAAUUCAGAAUUUUGUUAAGUCUCCUCUGCACGCGCUCACUCUGUCUCCCGCGUCCAUCUCGAACAGUCCCCUGCGCUUCUGGUUGAAGGAGGAGGUCAUCAACCGCUGCACUACGCCGGGGAUCGACGGUGGUUUUCGUGGGUCUGAAGAAGGUGAUUCGGGACAAAUAGUGAGACAAGCUCUGUCUCUUGGGAAUUCAAAUUCUCAUGAUUUCGCAUUUGUCCCUUUCAUUUCUAAGCUGUAUUUUCUAGAAAUGCACUAUUUUAGAAUUCCACAGUUUCCAUUCUCUCCGACAGCGACAAAUGCACUAUUUUAGAGUUACAAGGAACCAAAACCGCUUGGCCUUCCUCAAAAUUCUCUCCCUAACCAAACACCAAGCCUCUGCUCUCUCCACCUUUACCAUCCAAGACCCUCAUUCCAAUCCAAACAGAGAAGCAGUUCCUGCCAAUUUCUCCUCUCACUCACCACAGAAAACCCACUUGGUCCCCUCCAAUAACAUGAGGCAGGAAAUCACAACAAGCCAUUUUUCAAAAAAAUCCACACCCUCUGCUCAACCUAAUCUUAGUGAUGUGGUUUCAUCAAACAAAGUUAUAACCACCUAUAUUCGAGCUGGUGACUUAUAUUCUGCUCUUAAAGUAUUUGACAAUAUGCCGGUGAAGACUACAGUUACUUGGAAUUCAAUCUUGGCCGGCUAUUCAAAGAAACCCGGGAAUAUGAAAGAAGCCUGUGAACUAUUCGAUAGGAUUCCUAAACCAGACAUUGUUUCAUACAACAUAAUGUUAGCUUGUUAUUUACACAAUUCUGAUCUAGAUACUGCUCGGGAUUUCUUCGACAGGAUGUUUGUUAAAGAUACGGCGUCUUGGAACACGAUGAUAUCAGGUUUUGCCCAGAAUGGAAAGAUGGAGGAAGCAUGCAAGUUGUUUUUGGUGAUGCCGAAUAAGAAUAGUGUAUCGUGGAGUGCAAUGAUCUCGGGGUAUGUGGAAUGUGGGAAUUUGGAAUGUGCAGUGGAGUUGUUUGAGGUAGCCCCAGUUAAGAGUGUGGUGGCAUGGACUGCCAUGAUUACUGGUUAUAUGAAGUUUGGGAAGAUUGGAUUGGCGGAGAAGAUGUUUCAAGAGAUGCCCGUGAAAAAUUUGGUGACAUGGAAUGCUAUGAUUGCAGGUUAUGUCGAAAAUGAUCGAGCAGAGGAUGGUUUGAAGCUUUUUAGAAAAAUGGUGGGAGUUGGGGUUAGGCCAAACCCAUCAAGCUUGAGUAGUGCUUUAUUGGGUUGUAGUAAUCUAUCAGCAUUGCAGUUGGGUAAACAAAUUCAUCAGUUGGUUUGUAAGUAUCCACUGUAUAGAGAUACUACAGCGGCAACUUCAUUGAUUAGCAUGUAUUGUAAGUGUGGAGGUUUGGAGGAUGCUUGGAGAUUGUUUAAUGAGAUUCCCAAAAAAGAUGUGGUCACUUGGAAUGCAAUGAUUUCUGGUUAUGCUCAACAUGGGGCAGGAGAAAAGGCUGUCCAUUUGUUUAAAGAGAUGAGGGAUGAGCAAAUGAAGCCAGAUUGGAUUACCUUUGUUGCAGUAUUACUGGCUUGCAACCAUGCAGGAUUGGUAGAUCUCGGGGUUCGGCAUUUUGAUUUAAUGGUAAGGGAUUAUGGAAUUGAAGCUAAGCCAGACCACUAUACAUGUAUGGUUGACCUUCUAGGUCGAGCAGGUAGGUUAGUUCAAGCUGUAAGUUUGAUAAAGAAAAUGCCUUUCAAACCCCAUUCUGCUAUUUUUGGAACACUUUUGGGUGCUUGUAGGAUCCACAAGAAUCUAGAGCUGGCUGAGUAUGCGGCAAAGAGCUUGCUUGAUCUUGAUUCUGCUAGUGCACCUGCUUAUGUUCAACUGGCUAAUCUUUAUGCCGCCAUGAGCAGAUGGGACCAUGUUGCUAGAAUUCGACGAUCAAUGAAAGAAAAUAAUGUAGUCAAGACACCUGGGUAUAGUUGGAUUGAGGUAAAGAAUGUAGUUCAUGAGUUCAGGUCCGGGGAUAGGAUCCACCCAGAAUUAGCCUCUAUACAUGAGAAACUCAAAGAAUUGGAAAAGAAAAUGAAGUUGGCGGGCUAUUUUCCAGAUCUUGAGUUUGCAUUACAUGAUGUGGGGGAAGAGCAGAAGGAGCAGCUUUUGCUAUGGCACAGUGAAAAAUUGGCCAUUGCUUUUGGGCUCAUAAAACUGCCAUCAGGGGCUCCAAUCCGGGUCUUUAAAAACUUGAGGAUAUGUGGGGAUUGUCACCAUGCCACCAAGUACAUAUCGGCAAUUGAAAGGAGGGAAAUCAUUGUUAGAGAUACUACAAGGUUCCAUCAUUUCAAAGAUGGGUUUUGCACUUGUGGUGAUUACUGGUAAGCUUGCAACAUUGCGGUUUCUUUUGAAGUUUUUCUAGGAGAAUCUUCUAGUGUGUGGGUCGCGCUAGGAAGAUAACAUAAAUCUGAGUUGAGAAUUCCCUAUACAUGGAGCGGAUAGUGGUAAGAGAAGCUCAAUCAUAUUACUCUGCACAUUAUUCCCGUUGAGCUGGCAGGCUAGUUCAAAGUUGUUGAUUUGAUACUUUAGAAAGAAAAUUUGGUCUUUAAAUCCACAUUCUUUGGGGUGUGGAACCUUCUGAUGCGUUGUUCGUCCACAAGAACUAAGAGUGUGUUUAGCUGCUCUGCUACGACUCACAGCUUCUUGCCUUCAUUCAAUCGUGAACAGACAUGGGAAACUAGCACAACAACUAAAGGUAUCCACAAUAUGGUGAAAUUAGACACCAUGUACUUUUUCUUCCUACCACCUACUUUUUUGGAAAAUUCAAAAUCUUCAUAUAUGGAAUCACUUUCAACCAUCCAUUGCAAUACCAUGACAUAAUUUUCCAGUGUUCUUUAGCAUAGAAGAUUACUAAUUUCUUUGGAUCCACCUCCAUCAUAACUUCUCCAUUCUUGUGAAGUUCAAUUUCUUUGCAUUUACGCUGAAUUCAAGCAGUUGGAAACUAAUGUGAGCUUGAAGGAGUCUGAAGCUUGGCAUGCAGAGGUUUUUUACUUUUUACUUGUUAAAUCUUUUGCUUCCUUUAAGCAAAUUUGUUUGUGGAGACGUAAAUAUUAUGUUGUUGUAUGAAGUUGCUUCUGCUGAACAUAAGAUGUAUCAUGUAAUUUAGGUACUUCGUAAGUAAUAUUAUCCUAUCUAUGAUUAAUGAAUUACAAUUUUAAAUUUAGAAGGAAGAAUUACAAUUGUAAUGAAUUACAAUUCACUCAGACUAAAAGGAAGAAUAACUACUAGGAGAGAGAGGAAUGGAUUACCAUAAGAAUAAACCUUCCAACUGCUAUGAGAAUAAAUAAACAAUAAAGAAAGAAUAGAAAAUAAUAUUUAAAUGGAGUAGAGAGAGAUUUAAAGAGUUUGUUGUGGGGUGCUUUUGAAAAGUGGCUAGCUAAACUAGAAAAGUUGAGUUUUUGAACCAAACUUUAGCUAAAGAAUAGCUAGUUCACUAGGAAUGUGUAUACAAAUCAGCAGAGAUUUUAUUUUCUUUUUGUCCUCAAACUUAAAUACUUACUCUUUGUUUUUGUUAGUUAAAUUUUAGCGUUACAAAUUUCAGCCAUGGC